AUGAAUUCCUGGGGAUCAGGUUUCUCCACAGACCAGGUCUUUCUAGUCAUCUUCUUUCGGAGCACCUUGGACGACUCGAAGCUGAUCAUUGACGACUCCACGGCAUCCCGCUAUUUCGGUGUGACUCUGAUGAUCUUCCUGGGCUUCGGAUACCUCAGGGCUUUCCUGAAGGCCUAUGGCUUAGGGGCUAUUGGCUUCACGAUGUUGAUUGCGUCCCUGGGAAUGCAAUGGUCCAUGAUUCUGGAAUCUUUGGCACGGAAGGCGGAGCUGAAAGUGGACUCCAGCGCGCUGUUGCAUGCGGACUUGGGUGUUGCUGCUGUCCUUGUCUCCUUCGGGGCCGUGAUUGGCAGGAUCAGUCCCACACAGAUCGUGAUGUUGGUGUUGCUGGAGCUUCCUGUCUACACCAUCAACAAGGUCUUUCUGAUUCACCAGUUUGACACCUCGAAACAUGUCCGCGAUGGAGGUAGCACCAUCGUGGUCCAUGUCUUUGGGGCCUAUUUCGGCUUGGCGGCUGCUACAGUGCUGGGGCCAGCUGUGAAGGAUAGAUUGAAAUGUAGCUCCUACCAGUCGGACAUCUUCUCGUUGAUUGGUACGAUGUUCCUGUGGAUGUUUUUACCAAGCUUCGUAGCGGUGGAACAAGCUACCCCUGACCUGCAGAGCAAGGCCAUCGUGAACACCAUCCUGGCUUUGCUCACCUCAACAGUCACUAGCUUUGGCUUGACGCAGAUCCUGCAGGAUGGCAAGAUUGGAACGCGAGCAGUGCAAAAUGCAACCUUGGCGGGAGGUGUGACCAUUGGUGCCACUGCCAGCAUCGUGGGCCCCUUUGGUGCGGGCGUCUUGGGCAUCAUGGCGGGGGCAUUGUCAACUGUGGCCUUUGCACACUCCAGCAUGUUCAAAUCGGUGGACUCUUGUGGGAUUCACAACCUGCACGGUCUUCCGGGGCUCCUGGGUGGUUUAUUUUCCAUCGUUUCGCCUGUCUUCUACAACGACACGGGCCUUGCCCCUUUCGAGCAGAUGGUUGCCUUGGCUUCCACCUUGAUGAUCGCUUUGCUUUCCGGGGCCUGUUGCGGUGUCGCCAUGAAGGCCAUUGAGCAGCUUCAUGACGACAAAGAUUUGCGCACAGCUGCAGCCAGCAUUGGGUUGAACCCCACUGAUUUGCGCAUCGAGCCUUACAGCGGCUCGGUUCGAAAAAGCGUUUUGUUAUGCGUUUGA